AAUGAUUUUCAUAUUUGCAUAGCAAAAGCUCAAACAGAUAGAUAAGGAAAAAAAAAAAAAAAAAGCAUAUCAUGCCUAUCCCAAUUUGUGCAGGAGUCCUUUCGACAAAUGCUAAGCCCGAAAUUGUUCGUCCGACGGCAAAUUUCCCACCAAGCAUUUGGGGAGAUCGGUUCAUCAACUAUGAUUCCCAAGACAUUACAACUCAUGCCCGUAAGAAACAAGAAAUCGACGAGCUGAAAGAAGUAGUGAGGAGUGAAGUAUUCAAAAUUAUGGCAAGUGAUUUUUCACAUCAGCUGAAGUUGAUCGAUGCAAUCCAACGCCUUGGCGUGGCGUACCAUUUCGCAAGUGAAAUCGAAGAAACACUGGAACGUAUGCAUGGCACGUUUAAUGACCAUGAAGAUGUUGGUGGUGAUCUUCACAUUGUUGCUCUUGGUUUUCGGCUACUAAGACAACACGGAUAUAAUGUUUCAUGUGAUAUAUUCAACAAGUUCAAAGAUGCAAAUGGCAAAUUCAUGGAAUGCUUAACUGCCGACAUUCCGGGCAUGCUAAGCCUUUAUGAAGCAGCACAUCUAGGGGUCCGGGGUGAAGAUAUACUUGAUGAGGCUCUUGUUUUCACCACCACUCACCUUGAGUCAGCUUCAACAACCAAUGUAAGCUAUCAGCUGGCAGAACAAACAACUCAAGCCUUAGAGCGACCUUUGCAAAAGGAUCUAGAGAGGGUAUGUGCCAGGCGUCACAUGUCAAUCUACCAAGAUGAAGCUGCACAUAACGAAGCUCUACUGAAACUUGCAAAGUUAGAUUUCAAUCUGGUUCAAUCUUUACACAAAAAGGAGCUUAGUGAGAUUACUAGGUGGUGGAAAGAACUAGACUUUGAAAAGAAGCUGCCUUUUGCAAGAGAUAGGAUUGUGGAGUUGUACCUUUGGAUAGUGGGAGUAUAUUUUGAACCCCAAUACGAUAGAGCAAGAAAGUUUCUUACAAAAAUUAUUGCCCUGGUAUCAGUGAUGGAUGAUAUCUACGACGCAUAUGCUACAUUCAAAGAACUCGAGAUCUUUACCGGGGCAAUUGAGAGGUGGGAUAUGAAUUGCUUGGAUGAACUCCCGGACUAUAUGCAAAUAUUUUAUCAUACACUUUUGAGUGUUAUCAAUGAAAUUGAGGAAGAGAUGGUCAAGGAAGGAAGAUCAUACCGAGUUUACUAUACAAAGGAAUCCUUGAAAUGUGUUGCUCGAGCGUACUUUGAAGAGGCUAAAUGGUUAAACGAAGGAUACACCCCAACUAUGGAGGAGUAUUUGGCUGUUGCUAUUGUGUCUACUGGCUACCCAAUGCUUUCAACCGUAUCCUUGGUUGGUAUGGGAGAUAUCGUAACCAAGGAGACAUUUGAGUGGCUCUUCAAUGACGCCAAAAUUGUUAGAGCUUCAACAACCCUUUUCAGGUUCAUAGAUGAUAUGGUUACGACCAAGUUUGAGCAAGAGAGAGGGCAUGUUGCUUCUAGUGUUGAUUGCUACAUGAAGCAAUAUGGGGUGUCGGAGCAAGAGACGAUCAAGGUUUUUAACAAACAAGUCGUGAAUCUGUGGAAGGAUAUAAACGAGGAGUUCCACAGAUCAACUGCAGUGCCAAUGCCCGUCCUCAUGCGUGUUCUCAAUUUAACAAGGGUAGUAGAUCUCCUCUACAAAGGUGACGAUGGCUACACUCGUGUUGGUAAAGUGGUGAAGGAUAUUAUUGCUGCACUUUUUAUUGAUCCAGUGCCAAUUACAUGAGUUGGCAGAAUCCUUCUUUUGUUCUUCGCGAAAAUAAAAUGGCAUUUAGGUCCGACGUUGUCCUGGUGUCGUUGGAAUAAACGUUUGCUAGGAGUGUUGGGUUGGUUUGUUUCAAAUGUGUGUAAUAAUGUUUCUACCAACAUAUAUUAAAAAUAAAACAUAGUUUAAUGGAA